GCCAGAUAUUUGUGUAAUAGUAGUCGUAAUUUGUCGAAUAGGCGUGGAAUAGUAAAGUUUAGAGAAUAAUUUAAUCGUUUUUAUUAAAAAUUUUGUUAAAUCAGGAAAAACAGUCGGAUUUUUUAACAGAGGAAAUUUUAUAAAAAAAUAAUGGCUGAACUUGCGGCACUUCUACGGCAGGAUAUUCCCGAGGGAAGGAGUAAUUUAGCCGAUAGUCAUACGAAUCUCGAAAGAGUAGCAGAAUACUGUGAGGCAAAUUAUUUCCAAGCAGAAAAUAAAAGAAUAGCAUUAGAAGAAACAAAAAAUUUUACAACGCAGUCUCUUGCUAGUGUGGCAUAUCAAAUAAAUACUUUAGCUUAUAAUUUUCUACAAUUACUCGAUCUUCAAAGUUCGCAAUUAGCUGAGAUGGAGAGUCAAAUGAAUCACAUUGCACAAACAGUUAUGAUUCACAAGGAGAAAGUAGCAAGACGUGAAAUAGGAGUCUUAACCGCUAAUAAAAUGACCACAAGACAGUACAAAAUAAUUGCACCAGCAAACCCAGAGAAACCUAUCAAAUACGUAAGGAAGAGUAUUGAUUACACUAUUCUUGAUGAUAUUGGUCAUGGUGUUCGAGGUAGUGGAACUCCCCGGAGUAAACAACGUGGUGGCAGUCAAGGUAGUGUUCAAAGUUUAGGAGGAGCCUCGUCAAGUUCUGGACUUGCGGGAGCAAUGGUUGGCCCUGCACCGACAACAAAACCACCAACUCCACCACAAGCCGCAAGAACUGGAACACUCAGCAAAGGUUCUAGAGAAUAUCGAACACCGCCUGCCGUAGCACCGCCCCAAGUUCCGAGCCAUUAUGCACCUAAUUAUCCUCUUGGUCAUCCUCGCCGUGAAAGAGGCCCAGGAUAUAGCACACUACCUCUCCAUGCCCACACAACUCAACAUUCUAAUCACACACUCAAUCACAAUUCACACAAUAACUCUCACAAUAAUUCUAACACUCAACAUACGCCAACGCCACAAAUUGGUACAGUUCAUCCACUUCAAAGCCAUCCGCAGCUGCCUCCUCCAGCACCACCUAGUGUGACUGGAACCUCUGCAUAUAUUCAAGAAGUGCAUAUGCCUCCACCACCAUCUCCAUUAGUUGGAAUUGGAGAAAUGGGUGAGUAUACAGGACAUCAUACACUUCCUCAUAGAUUGUCCCAUCAGUUGAGUCGCAGUAGUGGUGCAAGUAGUCCUCCAUUACCGCCUCCACCACCUCCUGAACAUGAAGAGCAUCCUCAGUUUGGUAGACCACCUCAAUCGAGCAGUGCCAUCAUGCCCAUUGUUCCCGAUGAAGAAGAUCUUCCUGGAUGGGUGCCUAAAAAUUACAUUGAAAAAGUUGUUGCAAUAUACGACUAUUAUGCUGACAAAGAGGAUGAACUGAGUUUUCAGGAGAGUUGUGUGAUUUACGUAUUGAAAAAAAAUGACGAUGGCUGGUGGGAAGGAGUAAUGGAUGGCAUAACUGGACUAUUUCCAGGGAACUAUGUUGAGCCAUGUGUUUGAAAAGAAUAUUGAAAUGAUUUUUAAAAUUUAAAAAACAUUUGCUAAACAUUUGAAGAAUGCUGAUAGAGGUAAUAGAGCUACAGUUGCCAGGCAAA